AUGAGUGUUAAUAAUAUGAAUGUUUAAAAAAUUUAAUUAAGAGGCCCUUAUAAAAAGAUUAGCCCUGAAUUAAAAUUUUAAAUAAUCUCAGAACUUGAAUUUUAUAGUAUUAAAGAAUUGUCCAAAAGAUAUGGUAUAUCUAGAUAAACCAUAGCUUCAUUUCCGAAAGCUCGUGAACAUAUAUACGACAAAUUUAAGAAUAAGAUUUUAAAUCUACUCAAAGAAUUUGUUGAUAUGCGUUUGAAGAAUAAUGUUAAUUUUUCAGAGAAAGAAAUUUUGAUAGAUAUUGAUAUUUAUAUGGAAGUUCGAGAAUAUUUCAAAUAUUCUUAAUAUAAUCUAUUAAAAGAUUUGAUUCCAGUGACAAAGAGAAAUUCUCAGAAAAAGAGAAUUAUUGA